UCUCGUUUAAGCUUUAAAUCAAUGGCUUCCACAUCCACUCUCCUUCUUCAAUCUCUCUCUUCCACUAAUCUUCAAAUCACAGUACCAAUAAGAACAUGUAGCUUCGGUCGUCGAACAUUCAAAUUUACAACUAAAUGUUCAUCAAAACCAGAGCCAAAAGAUCAGUUCUCCGAUCUCACGCCUGCACCUGAAUCAAUCAACACAACAAGCGCCGAGAAAUUCCCAAUAGAGAAACGAAGAAGAUCAGAGAUCAUACGAGACAGGACACAAAGAGGAAUCGAGAAACCAGAGCCACCAAACUUCGAGAUUGGUUGGAAAAGAACAAAAGAGAUAAACUUGGAGAAACCUAAAGGUUAUGUAAUAAUGGAUUUUUUAGAGAAGUUCGAAGCUUUAAUGGCGAGAGAGUUCGGUUCGAAGGAGCUUUUAGCUAAAGCUGGUGAGAUAGUUGCCGAGAGAGCUAGAGAAGAAGCUGAGGUUUUGAGAGAUGAAGGUAAAGUUGAAGAGAGAAUGGUCACUGAGCUCUCCAGGGUUUUGAAAUUGAUGGAGAUGGAUUUAGCUAUGGUUAAAGCUUCGGUAAAAGAAGAAACUUUGAAUGAGAGGAUUGAACAAGCUAGAGCUAGGUGUAGACAAGCUAUUCUUGUUGCUAAUUCUUUCUAAUUCCUUCUUCUUCAAAUAGCAAAUUGAGUCAAAGUUUAUGAAUUUGUUUAUAGUUUUUACACUAAACAGAGCUUCAUCAUCUGUAAAAGAUCUUAUUUUUUUGGUUCUGUAAUCAUUCAUCUCUAGAUCAUUCA